AUGUCGGGUUGUCGUGGCCGUGAUAGUACUGGUAGUCGACAACAUGACUCUGCUCUUGGCCGUGACAGUACUGGUGGUCGACCGCAUGACUCUACUUGUGGUCCUGAAAGUCGAUCGCAUGACUCUACUUGUGGUCCUGAAAGUCGACCGCUUGACUCUACUCCUGGUCCUCAAAGUCGGCCAUACGACUCUACUCCUGGUCCUAAAAGUCGAUCGCUUGUCUCUACUCUCGGUGCUAUAAGUCGACCACAUGACUUUACUCGUGGUCCUCAAAGUCAACCGCAUGACUCUACUCGUGGUCUUGAAAGUCGACCGCAUGACUCUACUCCUGGUCCUAAAAGUCGACCGUAUGACUCUACUCCUGGUCCUGAAAGUCGACCGUAUGACUCUACUCAUGGUCCUGAAAGUCGACCGCAUGACUCUACUCCUGGUCCUGAAAGUCGACCGCAUGACUCUACUCCUGGUCCUGAAAGUCGACCGUAUGACUCUACUCAUGGUCCUAAAAGUCGACUGCAUGACUCUACUCCUGGUCCUAAAAGUCGACCGUAUGACUUUACUCGUGGUCCUGAAAGUCGACCGCAUGACUCUACUCCUGGUCUUGAAAGUCGACCGUAUGACUCUACUCCUGGUCCUAAAAGUCGACCGCAUGACUCUACUCCUGUUCCUGAAAGUCGACCGUAUGACUCUACUCUUGGUCCUAAAAGUCGACCGCAUGACUUUACUCCUGGUCCUCAAAGUCGACCGUAUGACUCUACUCCUGGCCCUAAAAGUCGACCGCAUGACUCUACUCCCGGUCCUAAAAGUCGACCGCAUGACUCUACUCCCGGUCCUAAAAUUCGGUCGUAUGACUCUACUCCCGGUCCUCAAAGUCGACCGCAUGACUCUACUCGUGGUCCUGAAAGUCGACCACAUAACUCUACUCCUGGUCCUAAAAGUCGACCACAUGACUCUACUCUUGGUCCUAAAAGUCGAUCGUAUGACUCUACCACUGAACAACUCGAAUAUCACAGAAUACAUAUGGCGAUAACAAGCCAUAUCUUGAGAAGUUCGGGAAAAAGUUUGCAUCCUAUCAGGUACAUCAUCAAAUCAGACUUAUAUUUGAUCAAUUUUUUGGAUGGAGUGCGACCCACAUAUACUAAGCUUCCCCAACAGUAUUUCAACAGAUAUUCCGUGCUUUUGGGAGAUACACUAGUGUCAUAGUUGAAAAGUAGGCACAGGAUAUAACUCAACAUCCGGAGGGUGAUGUUGACUUGUAGGUGCAAGCACAGGAAGGGAGAGGCAACUGCAAACAUAUUUACGGGGUAGGAUGUUCAGAUCUGCACUUCGUUGUCACAGGUACAUCAUCCAACGAGAACAAACCGACCUCUUCUGACUAUCGGUAGUCAAAACAGCUAGGGUGAGGAAACCCAAACUGAGAAAUCGACUAAAACCAAUGAAAUCGAAUAAACCAAAACUGAAGCAAAACUGACAAUUAGGGUUUGAUUUUUUUUAAAAAUCGAAAAAUCAAG